AUGGCGUUGCUCUUUACCGGCAGGGCCCGGUCGGCGCUCUCCAUCUUUAGCAUCUUUGCUCUCCUUUCCGUGGUGCUGUUCGGCGCCAUUGCUACGGCUCAGCCCGGCGGGAAACUGCACAAGUUCCAGAAGCUCGCCGAUGCGGAUCGUCAGUCGUAUCUCAUCGGCGUGGGCAAGGCCGAUAUCACAGGCCCGGUGGUGGAGAUUGGCUUUGCUGGAUAUGCCAACCUGGACCAGACGGGAUCUGGCCUUCGCCAGCGUCUCUACAGCCGUGCUUUCAUCAUUGCGGACAAAAACAAUCCCAGUGACCGCUUUGUCUACCUGGUCCUCGACACGCAGUCCGGAGACACUGCUAUGCGGAAUGGCCUCCUAGACGGUCUGAAGGCGCUAGGCAGUGACUAUGCCGUCUAUGGUCAGAACAAUAUUGCUCUGACGGGAACUCACAGCCACUCUGGCCCCGGCGCCUGGUUCAAUUACCUGCUGCCACAGAUCACGUCCCUUGGCUGGAGCCAGCAGAGCUACCAAGCCAUUGUCAAUGGUGCUGUCCUGUCUGUUCAGCGUGCCCAUGAGAGCCUCCAGGAGGGCUAUCUCGAUGUCGGCACAACGGAUAUUCCCGAUGGAGCCAUCAACCGCUCGCUUUGGGCAUAUCUCAACAACCCAGAGGAGGAGCGAGCCCAGUAUGACGCGGAAACCGAUAUUACCAUGACUUUGCUUCGCUUCCAGCGCGCUUCUGACGGAAAGAACAUCGGUGUCUUGUCAUGGUUCCCUGUUCACGGCACUUCCCUCCUUGGAAAUAACACUCAUGCUGCCGGUGACAACAAAGGUGUUGCUGCAUGGCUCUUCGAGAGUGCUAUGAAGAAUGACGCUACAGCUGCGGAUGGCUUCGUGGCAGGCUUCAGCCAGGCCAAUGUUGGCGAUACCACUCCCAAUGUUCUUGGUGCUUGGUGCGACGACGGCUCUGGCCAGCAGUGUAGCCUCGAAAACAGCACUUGUGCGGACGGUAAGUCGCAAAGUUGUCACGGCCGAGGACCCGAGUUCCAGGCCUUGGAUCUCGGCGCAAAGAGCUGUUACGAAAUGGGCCGCAGGCAAUUUGCUGGAGCUCAGACUAUCUAUGACAAUCUGAAAUCAUCUACUACUUCAGUUUCUGGAUCCACGGUCAAAGCCUUCCACUUCUUCCAGGAUAUGCGAUACUUUAACUUUACGUUGCCAGACGGAACCAAGGCUCAGACUUGCCCGGCCGCUCUCGGCUUCUCUUUUGCUGCUGGAACUUCUGAUUGGCCCGGCGCUUUUGAUUUCGUUCAAGGUGACUCUGGUGCGCCAAACAACCCUUUUUGGUCACUUGUUGGUGGCCUUCUCAAAGCACCAGGCCCCCAGCAAGUUGCGUGCCAGCAGCCCAAACCUGUUCUUUUAGACGUUGGUGAGAUCUCGACGCCAUACGCCUGGACGCCGAAUAUCGUGGACAUUCAGGUGCUCCGCGUAGGCCAGCUUGUCAUUAUUGUCAGUCCUAGUGAAGCUACCACUAUGGCUGGCCGGCGCUGGAAGGCCGCAGUUGCACAGGAAGCAGCCACAUUCCUUGAUGAGGACCCCAUUGUCGUCUUGGGUGGCCCAGCGAACAGCUAUUCUCAUUACUGCGCAACGCCUGAGGAGUACGAUAUCCAGCGCUACGAAGGAGCCUCAACCCUCUUCGGUCGGAACGAGCUCAACGCCUACAUCAAUCUCACCGUCAGCAACUUGCACUACCUCCAACCUAGCUCGACCAGCAACCCCUCCCAAGGUGUCCUCCCUCCGGACAACCGACAGAACAUGAUCUCAUUUAUUACCGAUGUUGUCCAGGAUAACGCACCGCUGGGCAAGAGCUUUGGCAACGUUUUGGUGCAGCCGAACCUGACGUAUAAUAUCGGCGAUGUCGUCAACGUCACUUUUGUGGGUGCCAACCCACGUAACAACCUCCGCCAAGAACAGACCUUUGCGGCAAUCGAGCAACAAGGCAGCGGCGGAACAUGGACGCAGGUACGUGACGACUCGGAUUGGUUCCUGGUCUACACCUGGCGAAGAACCAAUUUCAUCUUGGGACAGAGCGAGGUGGACAUUACUUGGGAGACGUAUGGCAAUGCACAGCCGGGAACAUACCGUGUCAAGUAUUACGGCGACUCCAAGGCACUGUUUGGAGGAGUGUCGUCGUUUGUGGGAACAAGCAAUAGUUUUACGCUCAAGUAA